AUAUUUGUAAAUAUUUUUAUGAAUGAAAAAGAGGAUCAAUUUGUCUCACACUCAUAAUACAGGCAUAUGGGCAAGAUUGAAGAAUAUGCCUCCAUAAUUUCUCACUGUUUCUCCAGGAGUAUAAGCUACAAAGGUGUGGUUGGUGCAUACUGCAGCAGAUAGGCUAAUCUCUCUGUGUGACAGUCGAAUCUCCGCCAUUAACGGUUUAUAGUCAAAUCGAGUGUUUUCUCCACACAAUUAAGCCAGGAAAUGACUGCUCAAGCCACCACAACCGUCUAGGGCUGGAUUCCGUGGUUGAUUAGAUGCUGUUUACAUAUACCUUCGAUCUGUUUUCUGGGAGUUGCUUGUAAUAAUGUCAAGGCCCCUGUUGCUUGUUUUCUUGUUGCUCGUCCUGAUAAUCACCUCUCAGUUUGAAUGGAAGCAACAGCUUGUGAUUGACAUAGAUUCGACUCCGAGUAUUUCUCAAAAGCAACAGCAAAUUUCUAAGAGGGAGGAAGCUGUAAAAGAGAAAAUUAUCUUGUCACAAGAGAAGAACAUUCAGAGGCUUAAUGAGCUUGUGCUGAGUCUUCGGGAACAACUGCGAUAUUGCCGUGGGAAUAAUGAUGCAACAAACAGCACUGUAAACCAUUUGACUGAAAAGGUAAUUGAACUUGAGCGACAGCAGAUCCUGGAGAGUUAACGAAGCACGUUGUGAACCUCUGGUCCAUAUUCAUGGUAUGAGCUAGUUGUGUAGAUUUCAUUUACUAAUCCCUUUGGAUGUAAUUUCACAUCUGUGUAUGUUGUAAUUGUUCACAUUGUCAACUGUUCGAUAGUUCCUGUCAAUGGUCAUUGAUACCUAGAAGUUGGUUCUUCCACUAGGGGAGUUUUUGUACCUCAAGUGCAGUGCUACUGUAGCUGCGGUGCUUUUGCUUGUACACUGAGUUUCCAUUUUGAACUUGAAAAUUAUGAGGGAAUGGAAAGGAAACCAUAAAGGACUUCAAUUUUUUAUGUUUGCUUAUCAAGAAAAAUGGAAAUAAAUUAAAAAUAUAUCAUAUUGAUGAAAAA